AUGGACGACUACGUAGAGACUUCCAUGGACGGUGAAGAUGUCUUCCCCUGCAAGGGCUGCGGAGAGAUACUCGAGGAGGGCAAAGCAUUUGAACUUGCUGGAAACCGGUGGCAUCUCAAUUGCUUUCGAUGCAACACGUGCAGCACUCUCCUCGAUUCCGAUGCGAACCUCCUACUCCUCGGCGACGGCUCCCUGAUAUGCAACAACUGCACGUAUAGUUGCAGCGCAUGCGGCGACAAGAUCGAAGACCUUGCCAUUCUUACGGGCGAUCAGGCUUUCUGCGCCACUUGUUUCCGGUGUAGAAACUGCAAGAGGAAGAUCGAAAAUCUACGAUACGCCCGAACAUCACAGGGAAUCUUUUGCAUGAGCUGUCACGAGUCCCUCAUGGCGCGACGCAGGAAAAAGUCAAAGGCUGCUGCCCAAGCCAAAGCACGCGAGAAAGAGGGAUCGCCCAUGGUAGUCGACAAGUCCCUCCCGGCACUUCCUCCCAAUGCGAUACCUCCCAAUGCUUUCUCCAAUGACCGAGUCGACCCCGAUUCCGAUACUCCAACCGAACUCUCCCCACGGCCGCGGCCAUCCUACACCCACAAUGGCUCCUCGUCCAGGAGCAGCUCGAGACCGGCAAGGUCGCCUGAACGGCCCUCCGAGCAUCCACCGAGAGAUCUCAGUCUGUCCCUACCCUCCCAUAGCUACCGCAACAACCGAAACUCUGCGGUCUUCUCAGGCAGCGACAUUACUGGCAACCCCCCUACGGAUGAUCAGAGCUUCUUCAUCCCUGUUGCGCUGGACCCAAGCCCGCUGCCAAGUUCGACGCCGAGAUCGAUAACCGAGGUAGAAACGAACAGGAAGACCAAGGAGAGAGACUACUUCAGCAUUCCCAAGACGACGACGGGCACAUCAGAAAGGAAGGCCGAUUCACAGUCAUCUACACCGCAUAUUGCUUUCCAAGAGAAAGGCCGACAGCCUUCGUCCGACUACGACAACCCACCUGCGAAGAGCCUGGGCAGGAAACUAUCCAAAUCCUCUAGGGUUGACAGAAAUAGCUCGUCGAAGCCGUCCCCGGCGGCCAGCGACGAUAGGUCGCAGAGGCUGGCGAAUGGCAAACCAGACGAAUUCAAGUUGCAGGAGGCGCCAAAGAGUAAAAAAUUGAAUGCUCGAAAUAAUUCCCAGUCCAACACAUUUCAAGAAUCUGUUGGUCCCAGGGAUGGCAGCGCGGCACGGAAGGACAAAGACGCACUCACCAACGUACCCGUCUCAGAAUCGGCCCAACACCUGCAUACAGGCGAAAAGACAAGCACCCCGCGCAGCUCGCAAGACUCUCGCUUCAAAGAAGAUGAUGACGUGCGCCCCAACGACGCUGUGGGCGCACCAACUGGCAAUAAUGGUAAACCCAUUGCUAGGAAAGAGCUCCCUGUCACAGCUUCGAGGAACGGAAACGUUGCUCCGCCUCGGCCUACUAUGGGGGACCAGAAUACCGGUGACCCUUAUAUGGCUCCGCGAGCGCCACCUGCCCCUCCAGCACAUGGUGCGAGCCAGGAUGCUGGCGGUCAGACGGGCGGUCAGAAGACGUCGCCUAUACUGCCCAGAUGGAGUGCCGGUGGUGACUUCACUAUGGAUGAAGACAUGGCCCGCAUUCUAGGAACGGACGAGGGCUCGUCAUCGCUUCUUCGACGGGUGUCCAACGCAGUGCGUCACGGGCGGACUAACAGCACUGAAUCAAGCAGUAAUCCGCCUCGGGUCGGUCACCACACAAGGAGUGUGAGCGAGACUACACGCGCGACUGCGUCACCCCGGUGGCCAAAGUCUCCUACUGGCGAGGACUCGGUGAAUGGCAAUCGUCAUGACAUAAGCAGUCCUCUGGCUUUUAGUUCUCGUGAUGAUGCUGCUCUUCUGAAGCGACGCCUUCGAAACUCCGAACAACGAGUUGCAGAACUCGAGCGACAGCUACCGAACGAGAAAGACCUGAAGAACCUCACGCAGAAACUAGAGGAGAAGCGAAAGACAGUCUCCGUGCUCGACACCCAAACCGAAAUCAUGAUUCGUCAGCUGGAAGUCUUGGCUGGCUAUGUGGAACGCGCCAAGGACACCAAGAAGCCUAUCGACCCCCGAGAACUGGAGGAAUCCGCGCUCAGAGACUUCGUCCAAAAGCUGGAGAAGUUGAAGCAGUCAAUGUCAGCUAACUUGGAGCAACUCCACAGCGAGCGGGACCAGCUUUUGGAAGAGAAGAACCGAGCGGUGGCAGAGAGAGAUGGUGCUCGAGCAGAGUUUGACCAGCUGGUCUCUAAGAAUGCACAGUUGGCAGAUCUUAAUAAUGAUCUGACACAGCGCAUUCAAGAGCGGUUCCAGAAACACUCAGAUCCUAGAUCACCGGCGAACGGGCUCGGAAUUUACCAGCACAACAAGGCGGCGUCAAGCAACUCUGUCAGCUUGGAUACCUCCAGCAUCCAGACCGGUACCACGAUCAUCGCCGCUGAUCAGGAAGAACCCAUCCUGGAAACUGGACCGACCGUGGUCAAGAUAGGAAAGGGCCAGGUGAAGAAGUUCAACUGGAAGAAGGGCUCCAAGGCCAUGGCACAGAAUAUCGCCAAGGGUGUGAAUCGGACGGUUGUGGCUUUCCAGCAGCCUGAACGUCACCCGGGAGGCAUGGGUGGUGAGGGUAUGAGCAUCGGCCUUCCAUACAACAUGACUGUCCAGUCUGUCGAGUCGCCUGUCACCCAACUUCCCCCUGCAAGUGGACCGAACCGCCAAAAUGCAGAUCCUGGCCGCCAAGGAUUCUUUGGUUUCAAGAAACAACAAAACCUGCCGAGGAAUAUGUCAUCUUUGAACUCCUCCACCCCAACUAUCGCCGAGGCCCCGACUGUACUCUUCGGAUCUGAGCUGUCGGAACGAGCUGAUUAUGAACGCCGGCAAAUUCCUUGCGUAGUUACCCGCUGCAUCGAGGAGGUUGAGCUCAGAGGUAUGGAUAUGGAAGGCAUAUACCGCAAGACAGGUGGAAAUUCCCAAGUCAAGCAUGUCCAGGAAGGAUUCGACAAGAACGAAAACUUCGAUAUUUCAGAUCCGGACCUGGACAUCACGGCUGUCACCAGCGUCCUAAAGCAGUAUUUCAGGAAGCUACCGACGCCGCUGUUGACUUAUGAUAUCUAUGACGGUGUUCUCGAAACCAACACCUUCACAUCUGAUGAAGACAAGUGCGCGCACCUGCAGAGUACUUUCAACCAGCUGCCGCCCCAACACAAGGACUGCCUUGAGUUCCUGAUGUUCCACCUUUCUCGGGUCGCCGGACGGGAGCGUGAGAACCUCAUGACCCCAAAGAACUUGGCUGUUGUCUUUGCGCCAACCAUCAUGCGAGACACCAACAUCGAACGAGAGAUGACGGAUAUGCAUGCCAAGAAUCUCGCGGUGCAGUUCAUCAUCGAGAAUAGCCACAACAUCUUCUCUUAG